ACAACAAACUCGAACGUAACCAAAACUUCAGAUUCCUUUCUACUUUCCAGUUCCAUUUUCCAAUAUGGUUUGUGUUUGUUAAUUUAUAUUGCCGUGUUUUAUUUAGAAAAGUGAUCUGGAAAUAUUUAUUAUCCCAAAAUAUUUGAUAGCUUCAUUCUGGAAAAUAGAUUCCCAGAGAGAAAUGAUUGAGCUAAAUGGUUCUGAAAUUGUUCAGGAUUCAGUAGAUAUCCAGCCUGAUGAUGAUGAUCGCUCAAAACCAGAUAAUAGGACCAAGUCGGACAAGACAUUUCAGUGUGCAAAAUGCACCUACUCUGCCAAAUACAAGUCUUCUUUGGUGAGCCACUUGGUGAGCCACAGAGCCCCUUCGGAAACGACAAUGUACAAGUGCGAAGUUUGCCAGCACGAGACCAAAAGAAAAGCCGAUCUCAGGGCCCACAUGAUAAUCCACAUGGAUCCGGCAGACGUGAAGAUCUUCUACUGUGCCAACUGCUCCUACUGGACGAGAAGGAAGUGCGAUCUCAAACAGCACGUCAUUGUUCACCAGGACUCUUCAUACAAGUGCCCUCUCUGUCCCUUCACGACGAACAACAAGCUAUAUCUCGACAAAACGCAUUCGUUACAUCACAAAGAUGACUCUGAGGUUACAGUAUAUAAAUGCGAACAUUGCCUGUACGAAACGAAAUUCAAGCAUUUGUUCAAGAGGCACGUGAUCACCCACCAGGACCAGUCCACACGACAGGAGUACCAGUGCAACUGGUGCGAUUUUACCACUAAGAGCAAGGUGGGUUUAAAGAGUCAUAUGGUGUUGGUGCACACGUGCCCGUCGGAGAUUGAGAUGUAUCGGUGCGAUAUGUGCGAAUUCCAAUCGAAAACGAAACCCGGGGUUAGGAAUCAUAUAAGGCUCAAGCACAUGCCUGCGGAGAUGAAGUAUAUGUGCGCCCACUGCCCCUUCAAGACUAAGGGGAGACAGUGCAUAAGGAAACAUUUGCUGCUGCAUCGAGAUCCUACAAGGGUUACAAUGUACCGUUGCGAAGAAUGCGAUUAUAAAUCAAUUCGCAAGGGGGACCUUAAGUCGCAUAUGUCAACACAUAAGAAGACACAGGUUAAUCAACUGGAAGUGAUCUGUGUAAGUGAUUGAAGUCCGUGGGUCAGUGUAACAUCGGAGAAACAGAAGUUGUAUUUUUUUACACAGGGAGAAAUUAUCAAUUUCAUUAUGGAUUAUAAUAGGACUUUGGCAGCAGCAAACUUAAUCAGUAGGGAAACUCACUGUCAAAACUUUAUAUGUCGGUAUAUCCAUUUUUGGUGGCCUUGAAAUGAUUGCCAUGAUAACUGUCCCUCAUAGAUGGCACAAUACGGAAAUUAUUAUGCAGUCAUAAUUAGUUUAUUGUACUCAAACUCUGUGGUAUGGGCCUACUUUGAGGAUACAAAAAAUUUAAAUUUUGGGACAUGUG